GAAUUAGGGAGUUUGGUUUGCUAUGUUUGGGAAACUGAAAUAAUUGCUUGACUCAGAAGACAGUGCACGAGUACUGAGAGUAAUUAACGACCAUGAGUCGAGAGGGAAGUGAGGUGUAUUCAUGGGGUCAAGGAGUUUUGGGUCAGCUUGGUCAUGGCGACGAGAAGACGCAGCGACAGCCCCGGUUGGUCGUUGCCUUCCUUGGCUUCAAUGUACGACAAGUAUCUUGCGGAAACCAGCACACAGCAAUACUUAUGGAGAAUGGAGAAGUUUUCACUUUCGGAAGAGGAAACUUUGGACAAUUGGGUCAGGGAGCAUCAGUCACAGCCAACGUCUCUACGCCUGCUCUCGUUAGUGCCCUUCAAGGCAAGCAUGUGAAGCAAGUAGCUUGCGGCUGGCACCAUACCUGUGCGCUCAUCGACAAUGGACAGCUUUACACAUGGGGAAGUGGUGAGUACGGUCGUCUUGGUCAUGGUGAUGAGGUUCGGCAAGCUUCUCCGAAACUUGUGGAGUCGCUUCAAGGCAAGGAGGUGACUUUUGUGGCGGCUGGUGGCUUCCAUUCCUCUGUGAUCAUUGAGGGAGGAAAUCUUCUUACGUGGGGCGGAGGCUAUUUCGGGCAGUUGGGGCAUGGCGACGAGACCGACCGGAAGACUCCCAAGAUGGUCAAGGGAGUACAGCAGUGCAUCGCUCAUGAAGUCGCGUGCGGAACUCAUCACACGUUGAUGUUGACGCAGAGUCAGGAGGUCUGGACUUGGGGGAGUGGAGAGUUCGGCAAGCUGGGCAUCGGAGAUGAGGAGAAGCAUGCAGAACCGAUCAUGAUCACAGCUCUUCAGGGCGUUGGGGUCAUACACAUCUCCACGGGAGGUUUUCACUCGGCAGCUCUCACGAGCGAAGGAGUUUUGUACACCUGGGGUGGAGGAGACAAAGGACAACUCGGACACGGCGACGAGAACAGUCAGAAUAUCCCUGUGGUUGUUGAGGUGAUCUCCUGUGACAUGUCGAUCCUUGUCUGA